AUGGACGAGAAGGUGUUCACCAAGGAGCUGGACCAGUGGAUCGAGCAGCUGAACGAGUGCAAGCAGCUCUCCGAGCCCCAGGUCAAGAGCCUCUGCGAGAAGGCUAAAGAAAUUCUGACAAAAGAAUCCAACGUGCAAGAGGUUCGAUGUCCAGUCACCGUCUGUGGAGAUGUGCAUGGGCAAUUUCAUGAUCUCAUGGAACUGUUUAGAAUUGGUGGCAAGUCACCAGAUACAAAUUACUUGUUUAUGGGAGAUUAUGUUGACAGAGGAUACUACUCAGUUGAAACAGUUACUCUGCUUGUAGCUCUUAAGGUUCGUUACCGUGAACGCAUCACUAUUCUUCGAGGAAAUCAUGAGAGCAGACAGAUCACACAAGUAUAUGGUUUCUAUGAUGAGUGUUUAAGGAAAUACGGAAAUGCAAAUGUUUGGAAAUAUUUUACAGAUCUUUUUGACUAUCUUCCUCUCACUGCUUUGGUGGAUGGGCAGAUCUUCUGUCUACAUGGUGGCCUCUCGCCAUCCAUAGAUACACUGGAUCACAUCAGAGCACUUGAUCGCCUACAAGAAGUUCCCCAUGAGGGUCCAAUGUGUGACUUGCUGUGGUCAGAUCCUGAUGACCGUGGUGGUUGGGGUAUAUCUCCUCGAGGAGCUGGUUACACCUUUGGGCAAGAUAUUUCCGAGACAUUUAAUCAUGCCAAUGGCCUCACGUUGGUGUCUAGAGCUCACCAACUGGUGAUGGAGGGAUAUAACUGGUGCCAUGACAGGAAUGUAGUAACGAUUUUCAGUGCUCCAAACUAUUGUUAUCGCUGUGGUAACCAAGCUGCAAUCAUGGAACUUGAUGAUACUCUAAAAUAUUCUUUCUUGCAGUUUGACCCAGCACCUCGCAGGGGCGAGCCACAUGUUACUCGUCGUACCCCAGACUACUUCCUGUAA